AUGUGCGCUACAUUGGUCUUUCACAGUUCCCGAUAUGUUUCAAGAACAAUAUCGUGCUAUGCUCUUCUCAAAUAUCGGUUUAUUAAUGAUCCUAGUCCAAAGUACCUUCAUACGGGUCUCCAAAACUGUAUGCCUUUCAUACCCAUGGUGUUAGACAGAAGUACAAACGUUGAGCGAUAUCAUGACAUAUAUUCCCGUUUAUUGAUGGAUCGGAUUAUUUGUCUUAUGGGACCGGUCACCGAUGAAAUAGCUGGGUCAAUUAUCGCACAACUCCUGUUUUUACAGUCAGAGGACAAGAAUACUCCUAUACAUUUAUAUAUCAAUAGUCCAGGAGGUGUUGUUACUGCAGGUCUAGCUAUUUACGACACCAUGCAAUUUAUCAGAGCACCAGUUGCCACUUUUUGUAUAGGACAGGCUAGUAGUAUGGGCUCUUUGUUACUAGCAGCCGGUGCUCCUGGUUGUCGAUUCGCUCUUCCUCACUCUCGCAUAAUGGUCCAUCAACCAUCCGGCUCUGCUCAUGGUCAAGCUUCGGAUAUUAAGAUUCAAGCAGAGGAGAUUAUUCGGACUCGUAAUGUCAUAAACACUAUAUACGAACAACAUACAAAACAGUCCCAGGAAGUGAUAGAAAAAUGGAUGGACCGUGAUUACUUUAUGUCUGCAGAAGAAGCUGUAUCAUAUGGGAUAGUUGAUAAAGUAUUACAUAAAUCUCCUGGUGAAAAACCGCAGUCAGGUAACCUUCAAAGCCCUGGAACUCCUAGACGUGGUGUAGGCCUAGGGGCUUCAAAUUUUGGAAAUGGCAUCUACGGUCCGAAUAUUGGUGGUGGAAGCGAUUCCCGAGAGCCUGGCUUUCUGGCCAAGUUAAACACACUGUCACGUUCCCGAAGACGGAAGCAAGAAGCUGAGGAGUUGGCAGCUGAAGCACGACAGGCUAUGGAGGAUCCACUACUUCCAGCUCCAAUCGAUCUAGGUAUUGAUGGGUGUCAGCUAGCUGAGGGUGAAGAACGCUCUAUGAUAGAGCCUCAGUCAAAAGAACAUCCAUUGGUUCGUGAUUUAUCGUGUUCAAUUAUUGAAUGGAUUAAUACAGAGCUUGUAGAUGAUAGAAUUUUAGUACGUGAUCUGGAAGCAGAUUUAUUUGAUGGACAAGUAUUGCAAAAAUUAAUUGAAAAAUUACUGAAUAUUAAAAUUAAUCAUCCUGAAGUAGCACAAACUGAAAUAGGACAAAAACAACGAUUAAAGAUUGUACUUGAUGAAAUUAAUGCUGCAUUAGGCAUAUCACCUAUUCGUGCAGCUCAAUUAUGGCCAGUUUCUGCUGUUUAUGAUCGAGAUUUAGUGGCUAUAUUACGUUUAUUAGUAGCAUUAAUUCAUAAAUUUGCUCCAGCUAUAAUUCUACCGCGUAAAGUUCAAUUAACUGUUUUAAUAGUUCGAAAAAUCAAUGGAAUUUUACAACAUCGACGUCAAAUUGAACCAGUCACUGAUGUUGGAGAUGAACAAGAUAAUACAGAAACUGAUCAUGAUGCCAUAAGUGCAUUGGUCGAUUGUGCCAUACCAGAACAGUUAGCUUCAUUUCAACAAACUUUAAAAACAUUUGUAAAUCGUAAUUUGAGUAAAUUGAAUCUAUAUGUUACUGAUUUAGAAAAUGAAAUGAGUGAUGGUGUCUACUUCAUUUUAUUACUUGGUUUACUUGGUAAUUAUUUCGUUCCACUGCAUGCCUAUCAUAUUACACCAACAACAGAUGCUCAAAAGUUGGCCAAUCUCCAAAUGGCUUUUCAGUUGGCUCAUGAUGUUGAAGGUAUUGACUUAGAAUACAAUCAACCUGAAAGUGUAUUACGUCAUGAUUUAAAGGCAACGCUACGUCUAUUAUAUACAUUAUAUACUCGAUACGGUGACACUCAGUAA